UGAAUAUAUUUUUUCAUCAAAGAUUUUCAAAUUUUUAAUUGACAUUUUUUUUGUAAUUUUAUUUUAAAAAAAUGGUUGCCAUUAUUGUUCAUGGUGGUGCUGCCAAAGUUGCUGCCAAUGUUGUCGAAUCGAAAUUGGCCCAUCUCCGUUGUGCAGCUAAAAUCGGUUUUCUGGAAUUGGUACGUAAAAAAUCUCGACCUGAUGCUGCUUUAGAUGCCGUGGAAAAAGCUGUUAGAUGUAUGGAAGAUAGUCCAUAUUUUAAUGCUGGCUAUGGUUCAUCAUUGACUAAUAAUGGUCAUAUUGAAAUGGAUGCCAUAAUUACGGAUGGACGUAAUCUGAAUUUUGGUGCCGUAGCUUCGAUAACCGAUUAUUCUAAUCCAGUUUCAUUGGCAAGAAAAAUUAUGGAACAUUCUGAACAUUGUCUUUUUGGCCGUGAUGGUGCACAUGAAUUUGCACGACAACAAGGUUUUGUGCCGAUUUCAGAUCCACAACAAUUAGUCAAUGAUUUGGCUAAACAAAGACUGGAUGAAUACAAAACAUUUCGGAAUGCAAUCGAAGUGGAUAAAAUAGCAGCCACUGAUAAAACGAAACCUGAUGACCAUGAUACUGUCGGUUCAGUUGCUGUCGAUUGGUUUGGUAAUUUUGCUGCCGCAACAUCAACCGGUGGUAUUACUGGAAAACUUCCCGGACGUAUUGGUGAUUCACCUGUAAUUGGAUCAGGUGCAUAUGCCGACAAUGAAAUCGGUGCCGUUUCAACCACCGGUCAUGGUGAAGCAAUUAUGAAAGUUUGUCUAGCACGUGAUGUUCUUUAUCGAUAUGAAAAAAUGAUUAAUCAACCAAUGGAAACAAUGAAUCCAAUGCAACGAGCUAUUAUUGAAUCAUUAGAAUCAAUGAAACAACGUGUCGAUGGUUAUGGUGGUAUAAUUGCCAUCGGUAAUGGUCAUGGUGAUAUUGGUUUCGGUUUCAAUACUCAAGCAAUGCCAUGGGCAUAUAUUACUGUUGAUGAUAAUGAUAUGGAUCAAAUAAUGGCAAUGAUUAUCGAUCAAAAUGAUACCAUUGACAGUGCAAAAAUCAAAAUACGAAUUCAUUAUGGAUAUCAUAUUGAUGAACAUUUAGAAAUUAUUGAAUAAUUUGUAAUUUGUAAUUGUUUUUUUUUUGUUUCCAAAAUUUUAAUUUUUUUUUUUUUU